AUGCUCGUGGUCGCUAAAAGCAAAGUGGCGCCACUAAAACCACUGUCCAUUCCACGCAUGGAGCUCGAAGCGGCAGAGAUGGGCUCACGCCUGGCGAAAAAGAUCGUCAAUGUCCGUAACCUUCAAGUCGACAGUACUACCUUUUGGUCGAACUCACGCACCUUUCUACAAUGGCUGGUUAUAGACCCCCGCCACUUUCAACAGUUCGUUAUGCACAGAAUCGGCGAAAUCCUGGAAACCACUCGAGCGGAUCAAUGGCGAUGGAUCCCGUCGAAACUCAACGUUGCGGACGGGGCUACAAAAGUUAUCAACAACCCUCAGACGGACACUUGGCUUUACGGACCCGAGUUCUUAAAAAACGAACCUAAUUCUUGGCCAACGAUUCCCUCCAAGCCAACGGAGGUCGAUACAACUGAAUUACGUACACACAUCUUCACAACUCGUAAAGCGGGCAAAGUCCAACUCGACAUCGAAUAUUUUUCUGAUUGGCGCCGCCUUUACAGAGCCGUUGCAGUCAUGUUUCUGUAUAUCCAUCCACUGCGAGCUAAAUGCAACAGGAUCGACAUGCCAGGCGUGGUAACUACAGUUCACGUCGAAGAAGCACAGAAUCUGCUAUGCAAAGAAGCGCAGGGACUCGAGUUCGCAGAUGGGCUCAAUUCAUUGAAGGGCCAGAAACCAAUAAGCGCAAAGUGCAGAUUAACCGGAUUAAACGUAUAUCUUGACGACAAGGAAAUACUUCGCACUAAAGGAAGAGUGAACGCCAUCGAAAACUCUGCGGACGCCAUUAUAUUGCCACCGGAGAGUCGAGUAACAUUCCUGCUAGUUCGAUUUUAUCACGAGAAAUAUCAUCACCUCGCCCACGAAACCGUCAUAAACGACAUAAAAUCGAAAUUGUAUAUUUUGCGGCUCAGAGUACUCCACAAAUCUGUUAGAAAGGCCUGCCAAAUAAGCAAAAAUCGUAGCGCCAUACCACAGCCUCCACAAAUGGCUGCAGUUCCAAAAGAAGUUGGAGUUGGAGUUGAUUAUUUUGGGCCAAUUCUUGUUAACGUUGGAAGGCGCAAAGAGAAGAGAUGGGAUGCGCUGCUUACUUGUCUGACCUUGCGUGCAGUUCACUUCGAGAUCGCCCACAGUCUCGAUACAAGCUCCUGUGUGAUGUGUCUGACAAAUUUUAUGGCACUUCGCGGUACACCGAGAGAAAUCUAUUCCGAUAAUGGCACCAAUUUCAAGGCUACUGAAAAAGCAGUGCGAGAGGAGUUAAUCAAAAUCGAUUUCGACAAAAUAGCCAUAAACCUGGACUCUGAAGACGAUUCUGCGCUCACUCCAAACCACCUGUUAAUGGGAUCAUCGAAUGGGUACAAACCGAUCAACCCGGAGCAUUUGAAUUUGAGACGUCAAUGGAACGAGGUAAAACGUUUUGGAGAUCGUUUCUGGCAACGUUGGGUGAAAGAGUUUACACCGAUGCUAACUAGAAGAACCAAGUGGUUUGAGAAGUGCCCGGCGAUAUCAGUUGGAAGCAUAGUCAUUAUCGUCGACGAGAACUUGCCCAGAAAUCUUUGGCUUAAGGGACGCGUAACCAACACUAUUCCGGCCAAGGAUGGCCAAGUUCGUCGAGCCACUAUUAAAACGCAGCAUGGAAUUCUCGAUCGACCAGCUACCAAGAUUGCGGUUCUAGAUGUCGGCGAAGGAGAGGGAAUUUCCAUACAACGGGUGGUCCCAGCCUGUAAUUCGAAAUUCGCCCAAGAAUCCGUCACGAAUCGCAUGGGAAGGUCCACGGGAAUUUCGAACUCGAAUCCUCCACGAAUCGUCGAGGAAUCCCGCGGUAAUGGCUGUCGGGAAUCGUAG